UCUAUCAAGGAUCUUCAACUUGAAAGCAUCAUGCUGAGAUUGUCCGCAUUUCUGUUGUUGGGGGCCUGCUCCAUAGGGGUCAUCGCCGGACGCAGUACCUACGGCGGAAGUUUGAGUGGCGGAAAUGGCGGAAUUGCCGGGCUUCUCGGGGCUUCACGAAACGGUGGCCUAAACGGGAUUGGCAGUAUGGGCGCCGCAGGUGCCGUCAACAUGCAGGUCUUUCCCUACGCGCCAUUUCUGCCAAAUAGCGGUGCUAGAUAUCGCUUAUUCGGAUCGGGAAUGGGAUUAGCUGGUUUUGGUGGACUCAGCUUUGGCGGCCAAGGAGCAGGUACAUCAGGCAAUUCUGGUUCCUACGGCUCAAGCGGUGGCGCAGGUAUUGCAGGUAUUGCAGGUUUAAGCAGUGGUCUUCGUAUGCUCCCCCGAAACGGAGAUGGUGGUAGCCUCGUCAACAUUGGACCAAAUGUUGUUGAUUUCGUACCUUUGUCCAUGUCAUCAGUCAGGGGCUUCCCUACCCGUCCUGAUACGAUCCCAGUUAACGGUAUGGUUGCUGUUGGCAUGAACGCGAACGCCGGUGGUAUGGGCGCAGGUGGCAUUAACGCGAACGGCGGUGCAAUGGGCGCAAGUGGAAUGAACGCGAACGCCGGUGCUAUGGGCGCUAGAAGUAUGAAUGGGAACGGAGGUGCUGUAUCCGCUACGGGAGCGGGUAUGGGCAGCAUGAACGCCGCUGCCAUGAACGCUGUAUUGAACGCAGUAGGGAUGAACACAGGAACUGCAUUAAAUGCCGGAAAUACUGGUAUUGGCACUAACACGGCUGCUGUCGAUAUGGGUGCUGCGAUAGUCGCUAUGAACACCAUGGCCGGAGCUGGAAGAAACGCUGGCAUGAACGGCGGCAUGAACGGUGGCAGGAACUCGGUCAUUGGAGGAGGAAUGAACGACAGCGUUAUGAGAGCCCUCGGAGCUGGUAUGGGCGGCGGUAAUGCUGGCGUUGAUGGUUCAACUGGUGGAGUGAACGCGCCGAUGGUGUCUGUGGCCAUGAUGCCGUUGGCUGUUGCCGGAAAUGCCGGUCAAAUGAAUUUAGGUGGCAGGGGGGAUGCCAUCAGCGGCGGCAUCGCAGGGUUCGGGAUGCAGGGACUCACUUACAUUGGGAACGGAUGUUACAUCGACGAAUCUGGCAACAUUGUGAAGCUUGGUGAGGGAGUAGUGGGAGUUGCAGGAGUGGCGGGGGCUGGAAACCGCGGUUCCGGCCGCCGGGCUGGAGGCAAAUGGAAACUCUAGGCUCAAAAUCCGGCAUAUUGAUUGACUCCGGUAAAUGUACUACAGCUUCUGCCAAUUUGCGCUGGUCGUACAGUCCAGUGCACAAUAUUUCCCUAUUCUUUGCUUUUUGUAUUGUUUUUAUGAAAUAAAUUGCUUUGUUUUGCACACAGA